AUGCCGUACAACAACAACCCCAUUCCUCGCCCAGCGACCAUCACGGGCUCAGUCUCCCUUCCUCUUGCGCGCGUCAAGAAGAUCAUCCAGGCCGAUGAAGACAUCAACGCCUGCUCCGCGAACGCCGCUUUCGCCAUUGCCGUCGCAACCGAGGAGUUCGUCUACUACCUGACCGAGCAGGCUCACAAGAUGGCCAAGGCGGAGAAGAAGCCCAAGCGCUCUCUGGGCUACACCCACGUCCAACAAGCCGUCGCCCGCCUCGACAACCUCGAGUUCCUGACCGACGUCGUCCCCAAGACGCAAAGCUACAAGGACGCCAAGGCCGAGCGCGAGAAGAAGAAGGCCGCCCAGGCCGCCGCCCAAGAAGCCGCCCAAGAAGCCGCCCAGGCCAACGGCACCGCCGCGAACGGGCAGUCCGCUCUCAUAGCCGCCACCGCGGCAGCAGCGCCUUCCGCGACGACGACGAACGGCCAGCUGCCGCUCAAUGGCCAGCAGGCCACGGCUGUUGCGGAGGACAAGAAGACCACCGUGCCCGAGCUCGAACCCGAAACCGGAGGAGGGGACGCCAUGGAUCUGGAUGAGAAGCCGGCGUCUGCUGCGUGA